UGAUGUGUUUGCCUGUCUUUUCCGAGACCGGAUGUGCAAAUUACCAACAUUGCAAGAAAACUCGACUUCCAUGGAAACGACAUGUUGUGCAGUAUUACAGACCAUGUAGUGGUGAACAAAUCAUAAACACUACUGUGUCUCCAAUCCUCGAGAGAGAAGACUUUGUACAGUUAAAGAAUAACUACUUAGCAAGUCUGCGUGAACUGUCUUGGCAGAUUCAGAAUUUAACAUUAUUCGCUGUUAAUAGAAUGCCAGCCUACAGCACUGCCGAAAGAUCUAGUGUAGUGGUUAAAGAGGGGAGGAGGUGUAGAUCGAGCUCUGUUAUUGUUAAAUCCUUCGAAGAACUCACGGAAAUCGGACUUCAAAUGAAUAUUAUACACCAACAUUUCUCUGUCAUAAUGGAAUUUCAAUGGAAUGAGCGCCACCUCUUGGACACACUGUGCAUUCUGAGGAAGAUUUAUCAUAGACACGGAGAAUCCGAAGACCAUUCGAACACUACUUUGAAUGCUGUUACCCAAUAUUCUCUGUGUAUUAAACAUAAAGCGGACUGUGCCAAUUUCUAUACAUGGUUAUCCGAGAAACUCCAAAAUGUGAAUAAUAAAAUGGAUCGUGUGUUUAAGUUAUCUCGUAGAUUCGUAUUUCAAGGACAAUAUUACAUUUCAUAGAGUACAAUAUGCAUGGCAUAUCUAUGAAGAUAUGGACGACUUUAUUUCUGAUGCAAUACUAUACUCUGUUUAUUUUAUAUACAAAUCAUAUUUGAAUAAUGUUUAUUUGUUCAACCAUGGCAAUAAAAUACAUAGUCACUUA